AUGUCGAGCGGCGACCAGCCUUCGCCCACCUAUCGGACCACGGCCGAAUUUCUUCACAAACACCUAAUGGGGGUGCAGCCGUUGCUCUGGGUAGCCACAGCACUUUGUGGGGUGGCGCUUCUGCAUAGCACUCAACGGGCUGAGGCAGGCUGGCACGAACGCCUUAGUCAGGAUCUUGAAUAUGAUGAGCAGCAUGGUAACUUUGCAACGGAAACACCUUUCACUCACUCCAGUUAUGGAUCCUCUAUAGGGAAGCAGGAUGAGACCUUAACCUUGGCAGGGCAUCAGUGGUUUGGACAGCAGGAAACUCUAGAGGGGAGAGGAGAUACAACACUGACUGCAGAACAUUCUUUCUCUUCUUCUCAUGUAAGCUAUGAACCUCCCCAGUCAGCACGCCUUGGCAGUUCUCUGCUGUCUCUUGCUCAAAUUUUGGAGAGCUCGACAAGUGGGUUGAGUUCGGCGCUUCUACGUCAUUUUCGUGGAGCACUGCCACGACUUCCCACGCGUUUUGUGGGGGUGAACAACAAUGCUGAGGGGAGAGAGAACCCCUUGAACAAUUACGGGCUUGGCAAAACGGAGUUUCAGGCCGCAGCUGAGGGGCGCAUUUCGGUUUUGGCUUCCAAGCUUGCUGGAGUUUUGGGGGCUGCUGAGGGCUACGCUGACUCUGGAAAGGCGUUGGCAGAGUAUAUGGUAGUGCCCUUCAUUACACUGCUCCAGCAAGUAGAGCAGCUUCUAUCCGACAUUGCCUUGCAUGGGGACGCGGACCUGAUGACCACCGCACUCAAGAAACUCGGUCCCUUUGUUGUACGAGGAUUGUCGUAUCUAAAUGCUCCGCAGAGCCAAGGAGCGUCAGGAGUCCUGGAGCCAGCCCGUAGAAACUGCUUACAGAGAGCUAAGGAACUGGACAGCGCUCUUUUUGAGGCACAGAAUGACUUAGAGGGAGUGAUGCGUGCUUAUCCCAGAGACCUCGACGCCAAUGAACUGCCGAGAGAACAGGAGUUACUCAAUCUAAACGCAUACUCUGGUCCGCAGCAGUACAUUCCCCCGGUCUUUCAGGAAUUUGGGGCGCCACCUAGCUGGGAUGCGGACAAAUUUCGCAAGCGUGCGUCGAUCGCCGUCAUGGCAUUUUUUUGUCUGUUUUUCUUGGCAAUGUUCGUUACCGUUGCAAAGGUUUCACGCCCACUGAUGAAGUUGAAACGCUCUUCACGACAUCGGGCCUCACGAAAGCGUCCCUCACGACAGCGGCGAGCACACAAGUUUUUGGCAAAACUUUUCAGUAAUGUAGAGCGCGAAGUGGACAGGGUUUCUAGAAAGGCUGAAGAAGCACACGAAAGAAUUUUCAACGAGAACUCCCGGUGGUCUAGAGAGGCUGAAGAAGCACACGAAAGGUUUUUCAACGAGAACUCCCGAAGGUCUGAACUAUACAGCAUGCCACGUCCUGCUAAUUUCUCUACUUUCAGUUUAGGCAGCGACGGGAGCUUCAUGGGGGACAACGGAUUCCCCUAG